AAGUUUUACAAAGGAGUACGUCGAGUACUCGAGUACAGUACUAUCCAGACACGUUUCAAAGCUCACUGACUGUAACUACCACUACCAAAACCUUACUCCUCGGAAAACUAGGGCUUCCGACCCAAACUCCUAAUCUCUCUCUUCCUCAUCUAUAUCUUUACUGGUUGAUAGGGAUAUGUCGUGUGAUACUGCAAAGGAAAAUGCAUCUGUAGUGGAUUCAUCUGUUACUGAUAGGAAAGAAGACAUGGGGAAUGGAGAUGAGCCAGACAGUUCAAGUCAGAAAGUUACCGAGGGGGUUGAACCCUCCAGAUCAGAUGAAGUCAGGCACUCUCAUGAUCAUGUUGGGAAUUCACCUGUAAGAAAAAAGGCUAAAUUGUAUGGUACAAGAUACUUCAUCAUCAAGAGUUUGUCUCAUGAGAAUAUCCAACUAUCAAUUGAGAAAGGAAUUUGGGCUACUCAAGUGAUGAAUGAACCAAUAUUGGAAGAUGCUUUUCAUAACUCUGGUAAAGUAAUUUUAAUAUUCAGUGUCAACAUGAGUGGAUUCUUCCAAGGGUAUGCACAAAUGAUGUCUUCUGUUGGAUGGAGGCGAGACAAUGUAUGGAGCCAAGGAAGUAGUAGAGGCAAUCCCUGGGGGCGCAGCUUUAAGGUCAAAUGGCUGCGGUUGAAUGAUCUGCCAUUCCAACAAACUCUUCAUCUCAAGAAUCCAUUGAAUGAGUACAAACCUGUUAAAAUUAGCAGAGAUUGUCAGGAGUUGUCUCCAGAUGUUGGAGAAGCCCUCUGUGAGCUUCUUGAUAGGAAAAAUGACCUGAAUGACGUGAAUAGUAUUGACUUAGAUGAUUUUCCCACAAAAAGGCCCCGUGUAGAUCUUCCAUGUUCAGUGGUGGAAGAAGAGUAUAAUUUGGCCCCAGUGGAUCUUUCAUGGUCACAAACUCCCAUGCUUUAUCCUUCCCUGUUUUAUCAACAUCAGGCUUCAACAAAGAGAUUUCACCUAGCUAAUGAGAAAUGUAAUGAAAGCCGGCCAACCAGUGUUCUGACUGAGGAUGAUUUUCUCGAAAUGUCUUAUGAAGAAUACCUGGAGGUCUAUGGCAGAAGUAGGAAGGAACAUUAUCAGCCUGGUUCUAGAUCACAGAAGUCAUCCAGAAGCAAAAUGCACGACGAUGACUUGUAAAAACUCAAGUUACGGAAGUAACCACAGCUGCUCAAGGAAAAGAGCUCAUCAGUCAUCCCAUAAGCAAUCACAAUGUUGACAUAACAAGAUUCGCUUCUCCCUAUUUUUUUCUCGGAAAAUAGCUUGUCGUCUGAUGGAAUUUUUGAUUUCCUUAGGGGCAAUUAUGCGGUCAAGCCAAUUGUUUGGCCGACCUUUCUGUCAUAUUGUACACAUUGUAUGUACUUGUAUCAUGUCUUAUCGUCGGCAAUGGAGGCUCGUUACCACAACUUGUACAGUAAUUCAAUCGCCUAGAUUAGAUAUAUGAAUCCUAUCAACUUUAUACUUGUGUAUGUUACUCCGUUAAAUGUUGCUGUAAGAAAAUGAUGGGGUAAUUG